UUCCGGUUCAAUGUUCGAGUUUUCUUUUCCGGUUCAUCCAGUCCAACGUUCCAGUGUUUGGAAGACUGACUGUAAAGAUGGUAGAUGAAGCUGGUGACAGGGAUGAUUCUGCAAAUGUCGCCAUUAUUAGAGAGGUGUAUGAUAAUGAGAACGCACAUGAAACGUUCGAAUAUGAACUAGAAAGAGCAUUAGAGUCAGAAUGCAAUUUAAUUGUUAUUGAACCAUCUAAACUAGGUGAUGAAACCUCCAGGUGGAUAGCAGUAGGUAACUGUCUUCAUAAGACUGCAGCAUUAUCGGGUCUUGCAGCCAUAACCACAGGUUUGAUUUGGGGUGAUAAACCCUAUAUCUGUGGUCCAUUAGGUUUUAUAUCUAUCAUAUCCUGUGGACUUUAUACAGUUUCUUGGCAGUUUGAUCCCUGUUGUCAGUACCAGGUUGAAACUGACACAAGUAAGCUACCACACGUAGAAUUGCUAGCUGUUUUAGGACCAUCAUCUCCAACAUUUCUUGUAAAAAAAGAUGAUACAAGAAGAAGAAUUCUACAUACAACUAUUACAUUGGUAGCGCUCAGCAUCAGUGCCUGGAGAGUGUAUCAGGCAUUUAAAUGAAAUGAUUGCUAUCCAGACAGAAAGAAUCUAAAUUAUAAAAACCAGUAAGGUAGGCCGUACGAUGCAUCGUAUAUGAUCGUAGUAAGGCCUAGUAUAGAAAUUUGUGAAUUACAAUUUCAUGUAUAUUAAUGGGGAAUUGUUGAGCCAUACUAUGAAUCUGUUUUCAUUUGAUGUUUAUAUCCUUUUUAUGUUUUGACUCUACCUCAAAUGAACGGUAUUUUUACGAAGAAAAAAUAAAGUAGAAAUACAUAACACAACAGAUUAGAAAACAAAAUUUUCAACAUAAAGCAUGAUAUCUUUUAAGGCUCCAGAUUGUCAGUGUAUGAUCUCCAUCUUGUUGAUUAUAUUUUGCAGUUAAUUUUAAUACAGAAAAAAAGACACAAUCAUAUUCACACACUUUAAGUGAAGCAACUACUGCUAUAAGUGUUCUUAGAGUUAUACGAAAUUGCAACUAUACACCUGGACAGUUGAAUUUAGAAUUAUAUAUUUUUAGAUUGUAAAUAAAGUAGAUAGAAUACACUGCAUAUGAUAUACUACAGAGAAUGUUGCAUAGAUUUUCUCACCCAGUGAUAUAGCCCAGUUAAAAGAAAAAAAAUAUUGUAUACACAAAACAAAAAAUAUAUUACGUUAACCUUAUUGUCAUUUGGCAAUUGUUGUAAUCAGCAUAAUAAACAUAACUUUUGUUGGUUAUGUAAGUCUCUUGUACUACAUACAAAGGUAUUGAAUAUCAAAAAUAAACGUCACAAACAUUCCGGAAUGAACAAUGAUAACAAAUAUUAUAUAAUCUAAUAUAUGUAUAUCAACUUUUUGAAAGACUUGCAAUUCACAAAUUUUUACAUCUACUUGUAUAUACACGGAAAAACUAAUAAACGAGCAAAAAUACAUACAUAGAAUGCACUUCAAGUAUUUCUGUAGUAAAGAUCUCGGAAAAUAUGCGAAAACUAAGCAACAUCUUUUGUAACUAUUAAUAUCAUUUACCUUUGUAACAAGCAAGAUAAAAAUGUUGCGAUUUAGAACACAAACAAGAUAUCCAUUACUUCAAAAAACAUUACGUACUAUAUAAGCUUUUUUUUAAUAUAUAAAAGUAUAAAAUUUA